GUUAUCGGGGGAGCAGAUGACAGAAGGGAGAGGGAGGAGGAGGAGGUGAGCCAGCUGUUUCCCUGUCGAUGAUGUGGAGUAGUUUCCUCAGUCGAGGAAGUGGGUGUGGUGCAGUGGGAGGAGCACUGCCAGGGCUAAUAGGUGCCACUGGUCCCUCUGUGAUGAUGAAACCGUUCCUGUCAUUUCCUGUUGAGACGUCAUCACCAGUUGGACUUUUCCCAAACUUCAACACGAUGGACCCGGUGCAGAAGGCCGUCAUCAACCAUACCUUUGGUGUCACGUUGGUACCUAAGAAAAAACAGGUCAUCUCAUGUAACGUCUGCCAGCUGAGGUUCAACUCUGACUCUCAAGCAGAAGCCCAUUACAGAGGGAGUCGCCACGCCAAGAAGCUCAAGUCUCAGGAGAAUAAAGUCAAGGCCAAGCUGUCAAUCAACGGAGAGACCAAUGGGACCAGCACAAGUCCUUCUGGCCACACCCUUCCUGUAUCUGCUAACAGCAGCACCAAUCAGAACACAGAGCUCUUACCCAGCCUCAUGGACUCCACCUCUCCUAUCAAACCCUUCCACCUUCUCUCCUCCUCCCCGCUCUCCUCCUCCUCCCCCUCCUCUAGCAGAGCGGGGAGCGAGCCUCCUCCCUCCAGUCCUCCCUCUGCUCUCCCCGCCCCUGGCCUCUCAUCCUCCUUUUCCUCCUCCUCCUCCUCUUCUUCUUCUUCUUCUUCAAAAGCCUCCCCGCCUCCCCCUCUUUCAGCUCCUGUCAUCUCUUCCGUGCUCCCGGCUCCUCCCGCUCCUGCCUCUCAGGCCGCCUCCCAGGAUGCUCCUCUCUCUGUUGAGUCGGAGGAGGAGAAGGCAAAGAAGCUGCUGUAUUGCUCGCUGUGUAAAGUUGCUGUCAACUCUCUGUCGCAGCUGGAGGCUCAUAAUGCAGGUUCAAAGCAUAAGACAAUGCUUGAGGCUCGGAGCGGUGCUGGGCCGAUCAAGGCGUACCCUCGACCCGGAGCCAAGCUGAAAAAUGGGAGCACCUCCAUAGUGAAGGGCUCGGGCCUGCAGAACAAAACCUUCCACUGCCAGAUCUGUGACGUUCAUGUCAACUCUGAGAUUCAACUCAAACAGCACAUCUCCAGCAGGAGGCACAAGGACAGAGUGGCGGGAAAACCCAGCAAACCCAAAUACAGCCCUUAUAACAAACAGCAGCGCGGCACACUCACCACGGAGCUGGUGAAGCCCUCCCUCUCUCCCUCUUUCCUCACCGCUCCCUUCGCUCCUCCGCCCUCCUCCCUCUCCAACACCAUCUCGAUCCCUCCUACCUCUCUCUCCUCAUCCCCCCUCCUUACCCCCUCCUCUCUCUCCUCCUCACCUCUCCUCACUACCACCUCCUCACCUCACCUCACCACUGCCAUCACUCUGCAUCAUCGCCCUCCUGCCUCAUCGUCACUCUUCACCGCCUCCUUCCUGCGUCCAGCUCCUGGACCAAUCAGAGCGAGCCAAGGAUCGAUUCUUUUCGCACCCUACUGA